UGGGUCAAAAUGACCCUAAGGCAACACAAGGGUUAAUAAAUGUCAUUUUAACAACACAUGUACUUUAAUUUGCUUUCAUUAAAGGUAGAAUUACGAUCAGGCCAACAAAGCUAAUCAUUUUAGUAGAAUAGCACUGAACUGAGUCUUCUGUUUCAAACUGGAAUCCCAACACAAUCUCAUCCGAGCCAUGCCCGCAUUUCAUCUGACUUAUUUGAGUAAAAGCAGGAAGAGAAAGAAAGAGAGGAAGUGCACACAAGAUCACAACAUCAUCUGUUAUGAACUGAAUCACACCGCAGUAAAGAUGAAUAUCAUGCAGUGACUGGUUAUGCUUCAAACCAAUUGCCCUCUGGGGACAUACUGUAAGUCAAGUUGAAAGUUAAAGUUUGUUGUCUUCUGAAAACCUUUCAACAAAUGUGUCAGCAUUUUGUCGGAUUGGUCAACUGUGCAUUAAGUGAUGAGAACACAGUAGAGCUGGCUUGUUAUUAGAGAACUAGUUAGAGCAGAGUUUGGUGAUUUCAUGUUUUUCGUGGAAUUACACGAUACAGUAAGAUUGAUGAUGAAUGAUACAGUAAACCAACCGAAAACAUCCAGCUGAGCUGCUUUUAUGGCUGUGGCUCCACCAUCUGGUUAACCCUCCCGUUGUCCUCGGGUCAAUCUGACCCUCGUACACUUACAUGUGUGAAUUACAAGCCUCUACCCCCGUCCUCUGGGUCAAAAAGACCCAGGUCUGGGUCAGUGACCCAGCGCUGGGUCAGAGUGACCCCGGCGCGUAUCCGUACUCUGGGUCAAAAAGACCCGAGUCGAAUCCCACGCGCCCCUCCCGUUGUACUGUUAAUCAGACACGUCUACACGCGUGCACCGUCCGUCACCACUUUUUUUCUGCACAAUAAUGAAAACCACCUUUUUAAUAAUAAUAAUAACGUCUUUCCCACACGUCGGACGUAGCCGGCGGCGGCGGCACAACAUUGCGUCGCCCAAUACGUUCCCGGUUCACGUGAAAUGCAAAAAGAUUGACGCGGGGAGAAAGAGAAGGGGGGGAAAAGGCUGCCUCGUGGGGCUCCCAAUGAUCACAGGACACAGGACUUGUUGUUGUUGUUGUUGUUGUUUGAAACUUGCGUUCAUUUGAUUUGGUCAUUACCUGCAGCGUUACAAGCAAAGACGCACGCGCGCGCACGCAGACCUCGGCUCUUUUUCCUUCUCCGGUAACAGUUACGCUCCCGAGCGCCCGCGUACCGCCGACUCGCACGCCGCAAUACUACCGUAAACUAUUCAUACACUCUGUCACAUUCAUUGAAUGUAUUUCAACUCUAAAUCUGUUCUUCUGUACACAUUACAUCUAUUGUUCUGUCCAUCCUGGAGAGGGAUCCUCCUCUGUUGCUCUCCUGAAGAUUUCUUCCCUUUUUUUUUCUCCCCCCGAAGGGUUAUUUGGGAGUUUUUCCUGAUCCGAUGCGAGGUUUUGGGGCAGGGAUGUCUAUACAAAUAAACUGAAUUGAAUUGAACAAUACGUAACGUUCCGUACUCGCGUCGUCCCCUCGGGUCAAAAUAACGACUCGACGCGUGUUCUACUAACGCCGUCUUUGGCGCCCGGUGGUGUGCUCCCGCUUGCUGCUGCUGCUGCUACUACUGCCUCUGCUCGCCUCUGCUCCCGCUCGCUGCUAGCUGCUCUCUGCUCCCGCUCGCUGCUCGCUGCUCGCAUCAUGACGGCGCGUAGAUUCACCAUAAGUCAGAUUGUCAAAAUGCUGGUGGACCCGGCGCGCGACGCUUCGCCGUCAUUAGAAGAACGCGGUAGCGGUCGUCCUCGCCGCAAAGACGCGUCGCCUUCGGGCGUAGGAACCGGAGGAACUGAACGAGACGAACGAGAACGACGAGGAGGAGGAGAAGAAGAAGAAGCAGAAGAAAAAGGCGGUAGCGGUCGCGGUCGUCCUCGCCACAAAGACGUGGUGGCGGCGCCUCGUUUCGCCGACGGUCGGGUCGUCGACCCGGCGCGCGACGCGUCCCCUUCGGGAGUAGGAACCGGAGGAACGGAACGAUACGAACGAGAACGAGAAGGCUGUAGCGGUGGAGGUGAGGACCACCGCUCUGCCAAAUCCAUCGCGACCGCGAGUCGUUUCCCCAGAAUUCAGGAUUUCGAAAUGUUGUUCCGUCAACCGUCAGGAAGAGGAGAAGAAGACGAAGAAGACGACGAAGAAGAAGAAGAAGACGAAGAAGUAGACGAAGAAGACGAAGAAGAAGAAGUAGACGAAGAAGAAGAAGUAGACGAAGAAGAAGAAGUAGACGAAGAAGAAGAUGAAGAAGAACAAGAACAAGAAGCAGCCGCCGCUUCUCGAGGCAAAAGACGGACCUUGCUGUCGAAAAACGGUGAAAUAUCGUGGUCCUCGACGCCGUACGACAGAGCGGGACGCCCGGCGCCGGGAAUCGCCGCGCCCGCCUUCGCUCCGGGGCCCACGGCGUACGCAAAGUCGCACGCCCGGGACGCGGCCUCGACGUUCCGCAUGUUUGUCACGCCGGCCGUGGAAAGGAUCGUCCUGGAGAUGACCAAUCUGGAGGGCUCGCGAAAAUACGGCGACGGCUGGAAAGGGAUGGACGAGACCGACCUGCGCGCCUACAUGGGCCUGCUGAUCUUGGCGGGCGUGUACAGGUCCCGGGGCGAGGCCCUCUCCAGUCUGUGGGACGCCGAGAGCGGCAGGGCCGUUUUCCGCGCCACGAUGCCGCUCAAACGCUUUCACUCGUGGUCGAGACUGCUGCGCUUUGACGACCGCGAGACGCGAGGCGAGAGACGCGCGACCGACAAACUGGCGGCCGUGAGGGAGGUCUGGGAAGCGUGGGUGGCGCGCCUGCCGCUCCUCUACGACCCGGGCCCCGAAGUGACGGUGGACGAGCAACUGGUUCCCUUCAGAGGCCGUUGUCCUUUCAGGCAGUACAUGCCCAGCAAGCCCGCGAAAUACGGCAUCAAGUUGUGGGUGGCCUGCGACGCCAGGUCCAGCUACGCGUGGAAGAUGCAAAUCUACACCGGGAAGCCCAGCGGCGGACGACCGGAAAAGAAUCUGGGCACGAGGGUCGUGCUCGACGUGACCGAGGGCCUGACGGGGCGCAACGUCACGUGCGACAAUUUCUUCACCUCCUACGAACUCGCGCGGCUGCUCCUGCUCAGGAACAACACCGUGGUCGGCACGGUGAGAAAGAACAAGCCCGAGCUGCCGGCCGCGCUGCUCGCGUGCGGCCAGAGACCCGUCUUUUCGUCAAUGUUUGCCUUCACGCCCGACGCCACGCUCGUCUCCUACCUGCCGAAAAAGAGCGGCAAAAAAAACGUGGUCCUCCUGAGCACCAAGCACGCGCGGGGCGACGUCAGCGACCGCGCCGACGCCAAGCCCCUCGUCGUCCUGGACUACAACCGCAACAAGGGCGGCGUGGACAACCUCGACAAGGUCGUCGGGACCUACAGCUGCCGAAGGAUGACCGCCCGCUGGCCCCUGGUCGUCUUCCACAACAUGCUCGACGUGUCUGCCUACGACGCCUUUGUGAUAUGGCGAGAGGUCCACCCCGACUGGAUGCCCGGCAAACGCAACAAGAGGAGGGUGUUUCUCGAGCUGCUGGGAAAGGCGCUCGCCUAUCCGUUCAUGGAGAGGCGGAAGCGUCUGCCGCGCACGGAGGCGUCCGCCGCCAUUGUCGCCAAAGCUGCCCGGGUGGCCUCCUCCUCUGACGCCGCCGCCGCCGCAGGAGCGUGCGAAGCCUGGGCCUCCUCCUCCUCCUUGUGCUUCGAGACCGCCGCGCCGCGCGGGGGGGCCAGUAAGCGAAAGAGGUGUCAGAUCUGCCCCUCGAAGAAGGACUCUAAAACAUACACCGUGUGCAACGGGUGCAACAAGUACAUCUGCAAGGGCUGCACGCUGGCAUACUGCCCGAUGUGUGCCGAUGCUGAGGGUCCCCUCUAUCGCCUCUGCCGUUGUCCUCUGGACUAAAACGUGGUUUCGUGUGUGUGUGUGUGUGUGUGUGGUUGUGUGUGUGUGUGCGCAAGGCUCCAGUUUGACCCCAGGACGCAGGGUGUAUGAUUUCUGAGUAAAGGCAACACAAGGGUUAAAUAGUUCGAUCACUUACAGUUUUUUUUCAAUCGCUAACAAGCUUACCCAUACUUCAGAUACUUUUUCUAAACUCUUAACACAGAUUCACACCUACAAAGCACAAUUGGCCUAAUGGAUAAUUUUCUUGUCAAAAGCACAUUUUGUUAAAUAUAUACCAACUCUUCAUUUCAAAAUAGAACACAUCUUUUUCUGCAGACACUAACUUUACCAAAACACUGGAAAUCUGACUCAAAAUUAAAUUAUUCGGUCAAAGAAUAACUCUUGUUUUCACUUCACAAGCUCCUUCCAGUCAAUCAAAGUCCACCAGGUUGCAAAACACUGGCUAUUGCUGACAUUACAAAAACUGCAUAGACUUUUAUGUUUCAGUUUUUCAGGUAUUUGCAUGCACAACAUGUAAUCCACUGUUUUUAAACUACAUUUCUUGGUUGGGAACUGUAUGUCCACAUGUAAUGUUCACAUUCAAAAGCAUUCCAGUAAAAAACAAAUCAGUUUUUUUCUCUUUACUGUUUACUACAGGAGGUAUAGUAUAAAUACUGUUUACAGUAUGAUGGAACAGAAAAAGUUUUACAGUAUUGCUUACAGUGAACAAAAUAUCCAAGAAACACACAAGAGCAUUCUGAACAAAAACACAACCUUUAACCCUUGUGUUGCCUGAGGGUCAUUUUGACCCGAAUCAAUAUUACACCCUCCCCCCGCUUUAGGAUUAAUUUGACCCCAUUCAAUGUUUAAUGUCGGUGUUCUUUCGGUAGUCAACAAACAAACAUAAAGUGCCUCACACUUAAACUUGGAAAACAAUAUUAAUUCUAAUAAUUUUCUGGAGGUUUUAAUUGCUGGCGUCAAAUUGAACCCAAAGGGUAAAAUAUGUUAGUAAAUAUAAAGGUAACAGGAGGGUGAAACAUUGAAUCGGGUCAAAAUGACCCAAAGGCGGGGGAGGGUGUAAUAUUGAUUCGGGUCAAAAUGACCCUAAGGCAACACAAGGGUUAAAAAAGUUCAAUCCAAACUGUUUUGUUUUUUUAGUUUUUUUACAAAUAAACUAUGUUUUGGGGCAAAGGCUGCAAUAGAUGAUUGAACAACAUUCGGUUAGUCAAUGUCGGCGGUGUCUGUGUGAUCAACAUCUCAACCGGUCACAAUCAAAACUUAAAUUCUAAUCCAAAACUUGCUAAAACAUAUUUCUCAAAAAAUUCCAAACUUACCUACCAUCAGGAGAUGGGGAAUAAAUUGUUUGUUUAUUAUCAGCUGAGAUAUAUUGUUUUAGAACUGAUAUCAUUGCAGAACAGGUUUUUAGACUGUAUCUAAGGUUUGGAAUAUUGUGUUUGCCAUUGUGGGAUGUUGUGUGUUAACAUGAGUAAAUAAUACAAAAAUAAUCCAUAAUUUUGUUUAGAGGUAUAGCUUGUCUGUUAAGAAAAUGUAAGCAUUGUGAAAAUGUGUUCACUGACUGCAUAUUGUUUGAAAACGACAUGAAAUGUGUGAAUGGUACGGCCACAAAACACCGAUGCUGUGAUAAUUGUGUUUAGAGUUUUGAAAAUGUGACCACUGAUUGGACAAAUGCUUGGUAGCGCUUGAAAAAAACUGUAAUAGUUUGCAGUACCGAACAAAAAUAAAUAAAUAGCACAAGA